ACUUAUUACUCUAUGAGUAAACAAUAGAGAGUUAAAAUGUUUUGUUUGUAAUUCAAUAAUCAAAAUCAUUCGAAAAUUAUUAGUGAACUAGUUUAGGUUUUUCAUUUUGGUCUGAGUUAUAUCCAAAUUAUUUUGGUUAAAUUAAAAUUUUAGUUUCCGGAAAGAGAAAAUACUAUUUUCAUAAUGAGGGAAUGCAUCUCCAUGCACGUGGGCCAGGCCGGCGUGCAGAUCGGCAACGCCUGCUGGGAGCUGUACUGCCUGGAGCACGGCAUCGAGAGCGACGGCAUUCUGCCCGAGGACAAGAAGGCCUGCCUCGCCGACAGCUGCUUCGACACCUUCUUCUCCGAGUCGGCCGGCGGCAAGAUGACGCCGCGCGCCAUCAUGAUCGACCUCGAGCCCACCGUCAUAGACGAGGUGCGCACGAGCGCCUACAAGCUGCUGCACCACCCGGAGAACCUCAUCUCGGGGCGCGAGGACGCGGCCAACAACUACGCCCGCGGCUUCUACACCAUCGGCAAGGACGUGAUCGCGCAGACCAUGGACCGCGUGCGCAAGCUGUCCGACAAGUGCGAGGGCCUGCAGGGCUUCUUCGUAUUCCACUCGUUCGGCGGCGGCACCGGCUCCGGCUUCACGUCGCUGCUCAUGCAGAAGCUGCACGACGACUAUGCGCGCAAGAGCCGCCUCGAGUUCGCCAUCUACCCGGCGCCGCAGGUGUCGACGGCUGUGGUAGAGCCCUACAAUGCCGUGUUCAACACGCACACCACCAUGCCCAACUCGGACUGCGCCUUCGUGGUGGACAACGAGGCCAUCUACGACAUCUGCGUGCGAAGACUCACCAUCGACCGGCCCAGCUACGCCAACCUGAACCGCCUGAUCGCGCAGGUGGUGUCGUCCGCCACGGCGUCUCUGCGCUUCGACGGCUCGCUCAAUGUGGACUUCACCGAGUUCCAGACCAACCUGGUGCCCUUCCCGCGCAUACACUUCCCCAUGGCCACCUACUCGCCGGUGGUGUCGGAGGGCUCGGCCUACCACGACGCGCUCACCGUGGCUGAGAUCACGUCCGAGUGCUUCGAGCCGCCCAACCAGAUGGUGAAGUGCGACCCACGGCACGGCAAGUACAUGGCCUGCUGCAUGCUGUACCGCGGGGACGUCGUGCCCAAGGACGUGAACGCCGCCAUCGCCACCAUGAAGGCCAAGUCUGACAUACAGUUCGUGGACUGGUGCCCCACCGGCUUCAAGGUGGGCAUCAACUACCAGCCGCCCGUGGUGGUGCCGGGAGGCGACCUGGCCAAGACGAGCCGCGCGGUCUGCAUGCUGUCCAACACGACGGCCAUAAGCGAGGCGUGGCAGCGGCUCAACCACAAGUUCAACCUGAUGUACGCGAAGCGCGCCUUCGUGCACUGGUACGUGGGCGAGGGCAUGGAGAUGGACGAGUUCGUGCAGGCGCGCGAGGACAUGGCGGCGCUGGAGAAGGACUACGCCGAAGUGGCGGCCGACACGGCGGACAGCGACGACGACCAGCUGGGGGCGAAGGACGCCAGCGAGUACUGAGGCCUCUCCUCUUCCCUCCUCUAUCAUCACCCCGACCCCGCGGCUUUCACACCUGCAGUCAACACCACCCCGGCGCUUCAAGUGCGUGAAUGAGGCUCCUCCAAGUUCAUUCAACUUAAAACUUUAAAAAUGAAAUUAACGAAAAAUAAUUGAAGAGGAGUGUUUUUUUGUUCUAUUAGUUUUUUUUUUUGGAUGAAAGUCGCAUUCAUUAGUUACACUUUUAGGGAUCAGUUAUUUUUGAUAUCUUUAAAAAAUUGUAAUUAUGCUGUAUACAUAUUUUUUAUUUUACUAUACAAAUGUUAACUACGGCCUGUCUGAGAAAUACAAUUUUACAAUGGGAUUUUUUAGACUUUUAGACAUUUUGGUUGUUAUUUUUUCAUGUGAUCACUAAAUGUUUUUAAAAUAAAUAUGAUGUGAGACUGACAUCAAAAUGUUUUUUUAAGAACUUAACACAACUAUCAUCUUUUCAAUUGUUUCGGUGUUUAAACGUGGUAUAUUAUUUACAGGUACGAAAAAAAGUUAUAAUACACAACCAAUAACACGAACAUAUUAUUUAAUACAACAUUUUUAGUAUUAUAACCCAAUAAAAUUUAAUAAAUUUUUUUUUAAAGAAA